AUGUCGAUAACGAAUCGCUUUAGUGAUAUUGAUGUAACAUUUAAAAGACUUCCAGCAGUUCAUGGUUAUCAUAGUCAACAACUUGUUUCAAUUGAAAAAUCUUUAGAAUCUAUUGAAUCACAAAUUAAUGAAUUAAAAAUUUAUAUAAAACAAGCUAAAAAAUAUUGUCAUUUUCCAUCAGAACACGGAUUAACACGUGAUGAAUCAGCUGCUGUUUAUAUUUAUACAAUGGAAUGGGAUGAAACAAGUUUAUAUCGACUUCUUAAUAAAGCAUUAAGAAAUGAAAAUAGACAGGAUAUUAAAAUAUGGUUUUCUUAUUUAAAAUUAUUCGAUACGGCAUUAGAUAAAUUACCAACUGUUAAAGAAAGUGUCUGGAGAGGUAUUCCUCUUGAUAUUGGAAAGAAUUAUACUAAAAACCAAGUUUUAACGUGGUGGCCGGUUAGUUCUUGUUCAUCUUCAGUUAAUGUUAUUGAAAAAUUUCUUGAAAAUAAUAAAUCUUCAACACUUUUUUUAAUUGAAACAAUUAAUGGAAAAAAAGUGUCUGGUUAUACAGCACUUGAAGAUGAAGAUGAAAUUAUUCUAAAAAUUGGAACACAAUUCCGUGUUAAAAGUCCACCAUUAAAACAAUCUAAUCAAUCAUAUCUUGUGCAUUUAAUUGAACUUGAUCAUAAUGAUGAAUCAGUGGCAUCACCUAUAAAAAAUCUCAGUGUCACACCAAAACCAUCAAAUCAAGAAGCAUCAAGAGCAAGUCGAGAUGCUUGA